AUGACCGGCCACAAGCUACCAUUCCAUGCGGACCACAUUGGCUCGCUCAUACGGCCGUCGGCGCUCUCAAGCCUUCAAGAGCAAGCCGACGCAGGCGCCGUCACGCCCGCCCAACUUCGCCAGGGCCAACGAGACGCAAUCGCCAGCAUUGUUGAGAAGCAACGCGCCCACGGAGUCCGAGCCCUGUCAUCCGGCGAAUUCGACCGCAAGUAUUACUUCUCCGGGUUUUUCGAGAAGCUGGGAGGGUUUCGAGAGGUCAGCCCCGUGCCAUGGGAGCUCGCUCGACCGUCCGCGCCGCCCGUCGCCGCCCUCAAGAAGGCCGGCCGCCCGUACAUGAUGGCCGCCGUGUGCGAGGGUAAAAUCACCUACGACACCAGUCCGUACCUCGAAAACUGGAAGCUCCUUCGCGACUCGGUCCCCGAGGAGCUGUGGAGCGAGUGCAAAUUCACCAUGCCGCCGCCGUGCUAUUUCCACCUCCGACUGGCCCCGGGCAAGUCGUACGACAGGAGCGUCUAUGCCGACGACGACGACUUCUUUGCCGACCUGGCAAAGGCCUACAGGCAGGAGAUCAAGACAUUGUAUGACGCGGGUCUGCGGAAUCUGCAGAUUGACGACCCGACGCUUGCCUACUUCUGCUCUGAUGACAUGGUCGAGUCCCUGAGAGCCGAGGGAGAUGAUCCGGAUCGCCUGUUUGACCUGUACCUCAAGGCGCACAAUGACUGCAUUGCAGACCGACCUGCGGAUAUGCACGUUGGGCUUCACGUGUGCAGAGGGAACUUUGCCAAAUCGAUGCACUUCAGCGAAGGGUCGUACGAGAAAAUUGCUCAAAAAUUCUUCACGAUGCUGGACUACGACACCUUCUUCCUGGAGUACGACGACGCGCGCUCCGGAGGGUUUGAACCGCUCCGGUUCCUGCCCCGGGGCAAAAACGUCGUGCUCGGAGUAGUGACGACGAAAGAUGCCCGGUUGGAGGACGCAGAAACCAUCAAGGGCAAGGUGCUGCAGGCCGCCGAGACGAUUGCCCGCGGACAGGGUCGGCGCGUGGACGAAGUCAUGGCCGACAUUGGAAUUAGUCCGCAGUGCGGGUUUGCGAGCGUCGCUGCCGGCGCGGAUGGCAUGACGGAAGAGAAAAUGUUUGACAAGCUCAAGCUGGUUGCUGAUGUUGCGCAAGAACUGUGGCCUUAG